AUGGCAAUGAGACCAAAAGGAGGUACAGGCCGUCCCAACCCUGAGCCGCGGUUGAUUGUCGGCCGUGUUUACAAACCUUUCAAGCCCAUGUCUGAAUGGAGACAAGAAGAUGAUUAUGACAAUCUUCUUGUUUAUCUCCCUGGUUUCCAGAAAGAAUACAUAAAGGUUACGACCGAAGACUUAAACAUCAUUAGGGUUCGUGGGGAGCGUUUAGUUGCAGAAAACAAAUGGAGUCGUUUUCAGGAAGAUUUUCGGGUUCCAAAAAACUGCGAGAUGAGAGGAGUUCGUGCAAGAUUUGAUGGCGGUAUCCUGAAGAUUACCAUGCCUAGGAAGAUCAUCACUGCAUCACCACCACCACCCACCACCUCCACCUCCACCUCCACCACCACUCGAGUUCCCGAUAAAUCUGAAGAACCACAAGAAACUUUGGUCCAGAAGCCCAAAGAAGAUUCAAAAGAAAGAGCAACUUCUUCGAAUGCUGCUCUUCAAACGCCAUUAGACGAAGGAAGCACGAGCACUUUACCACCACAACCACAACCAGCGCCAACAAAACAAGAACCAUCAAAAACUGCGGGUCCAGAAGCAGAUGGAGAGUUUACGUUUGGAUCGAAAAACGAUGGUACUGUUGAGAAAGGAAAAACUAAAGAAGCAGUAGUCGGAUCCCAGGGUGGUAAAGUGGAGGAGAAUGCGGUGGUGAAAGGUGGCGAUGGGUGGAGAGGGUUGAAUGAAGACAGGAAAAUGGUGGUGAACAUGGGUGUGGGUGUUCUUGUGAUUGUGACACUUGGGAUUCAUGUUUCUUACACCAUUGGCCUCAUUGGCAAAGGCAAAUACUAAUCGGAAUGCAAUCAUGUAAUUUGGGUAUAUAUAUGUAUAUGCCUCGAGUAUUGUUGUGAAUUUGGUGUCGGUUUAAUAAACUGAGAGGUUCCGG